UGCUGGUGAACAGCCGCCGGCCGUGUGGAGCGGUCAAGUCCCCGGCCUAGCUCUGGGGCUGUCGCUUGCAUCAUCGAAGUUCAUCACGGCCAUCGUGCGGGGCAGGGGGCUGGGGUCCCCAUUUUGCCCGCGGAGCUCCUGAGGGCUGGUACACGUGCACGGGCAAGGUCACGGCGCAGAUUUCUGGUUGGCUGAAGUGAUUUACAAAGGAGCGAACAUGGCUUCUGAGUCAGAAAUCCUGAAUCCCAGUGCCCGGAUCAUGACGUUUUAUCCAACCAUGGAAGAGUUCCGGAACUUCAGUCGCUACAUCGCCUAUAUUGAAUCGCAAGGUGCUCACCGGGCUGGGCUAGCCAAGGUUGUUCCUCCAAAGGAGUGGAAGCCGCGCACCUCAUAUGAUGACAUAGAUGAUCUGGUCAUCCCUGCCCCCAUCCAGCAGCUGGUGACAGGGCAGUCUGGUCUCUUCACUCAGUACAACAUCCAGAAGAAAGCCAUGACCGUCCGCGAGUUCCGCAAGAUUGCCAACAGCGACAAGUACUGUACCCCACGCUACAGUGAAUUUGAAGAGCUUGAGCGGAAAUACUGGAAGAAUCUCACAUUCAAUCCUCCCAUUUAUGGUGCCGAUGUGAACGGUACUCUCUACGAAAAGCAUGUUGAUGAGUGGAAUAUUGGCCGGCUGAAAACGAUCCUGGACUUGGUGGAAAAGGAGAGCGGGAUCACUAUUGAGGGGGUGAAUACCCCAUACCUGUACUUCGGCAUGUGGAAGACGUCCUUUGCAUGGCACACCGAAGACAUGGACUUGUACAGUAUCAACUACCUGCACUUUGGAGAACCCAAGUCCUGGUACUCUGUCCCACCUGAACAUGGAAAGCGACUGGAACGCCUUGCCAAAGGUUUUUUUCCUGGAAGUGCUCAAAGCUGUGAAGCUUUUCUCCGCCAUAAGAUGACCCUGAUCUCCCCUCUGAUGCUGAAGAAGUACGGCAUUCCUUUUGACAAGGUGACUCAAGAAGCUGGAGAGUUUAUGAUCACCUUCCCUUACGGCUACCACGCUGGCUUUAACCAUGGCUUCAACUGCGCUGAGUCCACCAAUUUUGCGACCCGUCGGUGGAUUGAGUACGGCAAGCAAGCUGUGCUGUGCUCCUGCCGAAAGGAUAUGGUGAAGAUCUCCAUGGAUGUGUUCGUGAGGAAGUUCCAGCCAGAAAGGUAUAAACUCUGGAAGGCUGGGAAGGACAGCACCGUCAUCGACCACACUCUGCCCACGCCAGAGGCAGCUGAGUUUCUCAAGGAGAGUGACGUGCCCCCACGAGCUGGGCAGCAGGAGUGCCUGGAGGAGGACAUGGACACACUGGAGGAUGGAGAGGAAGGAGACCUGAAGAGGAGCCUGGCCAAGCACCGCAUAGGGACCAAGCGGCAUCGAGUUUGUCUUGAAAUACCCCAGGAGGUGAGUCAGAGCGAGCUCUUCCCCAAGGAGGAGCUGAGCUCCGGCCAGUACGAGAUGACGGAGUGCCAGGCUGCCCUCGCCCCCGUGAGGCCCACCCACAGCUCUGUGCGGCAGGUGGAGGAUGGGCUGACCUUCCCAGAUUACUCGGACUCCACUGAUGUCAAAUUUGAAGAGCUCAAAAACGUGAAGCUGGAGGAGGAAGAUGAGGAGGAGGAACAAGAAGCAGCAGCCUUGGACCUGUCGGUGAAUCAUCCUGCUUCCUUAGGGGCCCGCCUGGUCUUCUCGGGUUCCAUGAAGAAGCCGUCUUCCAGCCUGGGCUCCGGCUCUUCACAGGACUCCAUUUCUUCUGAUUCCGAGACCAGUGAGCUGCUCUCCUGCCAAUUGCAAGGGCAGACAGGCGUUCUCACUGUGCACAGCUCUACCAAGGGAGAAGGCAACAUCACUGUGGGAGAGCCAUGUGCGAGGAAGAAAGGCGGCACCACUCGGACAUUCAGCGAGCGGGAGUUGGCAGAGGUUGCAGAUGAAUACAUGUUCUCCCUGGAGGAGAGUAAGAAGCCCAAGGGUCGCCGCCAGCCGUUGAGCAAGCUGCCUCGACACCACCCGCUUGUGUUGCAGGAGUGUGUCAGUGACGAUGAGCCCUCUGAACAGCUGACCCCUGAGGAAGAGGCUGAGGAGACAGAGGCCUGGGCCAAGCCCCUGAGCCAGUUGUGGCAGAACCGGCCUCCCAACUUCGAGGCUGAAAAGGAGUUCAACGAGACUAUGGCCCUGCAGGCCCCUCACUGCGCUGUGUGCAUGAUCUUCCAGACCUACCACCAGGUAGAGUUUGGAGGCCUUACUCAGAACUGUGUGAGUGCACCUGAUGAAGCCCUGCAGAAGCAGAGGACCAAGCCAUUGAUUCCAGAAAUGUGCUUCACUUCCACGGGCUGCAGCACGGACAUCAACCUUUCUACCCCUUACCUGGAGAAGGACGGCACCAGUCUCCUGGUUUCCUGCAGCAAGUGCAGUGUCCGGGUCCAUGCCAGUUGCUAUGGGGUACCCCCUGCGAAAGCCUCUCAAGAGUGGAUGUGUUCCCGGUGUUCAGCCAAUGCCCUGGAGGAGAACUGCUGUUUAUGCUCCCUUCGUGGAGGUGCCCUGCAGAGAGCCAAUGAUGACAGGUGGGUCCACGUCUCAUGUGCUGUGGCAAUUCUGGAAGCGAGGUUUGUGAACAUUUCAGAAAGAAGUCCUGUGGAUGUGAGCAAAAUCCCUCUGUCGCGCUUCAAACUGAAAUGUGUCUUCUGUAAGAAGCGGAGGAAAAGAGCCGCUGGCUGCUGUGUGCAGUGUUCGCAUGGUCGUUGCCCAACUGCCUUCCAUGUAAGCUGUGCCCAGGCUGCUGGUGUCAUGAUGCAGCCCGAUGACUGGCCUUUCGUUGUCUUCAUUACCUGUUUUCGGCACAAGAUUCCAAAUUUGGAGCGUGCCAAGGGGGCCCUGCAGAGCAUCACUGCAGGACAGAAGGUCAUCAGCAAGCAUAAGAACGGGCGCUUCUACCAGUGUGAGGUGGUCAGGCUCACCACCGAGACUUUCUACGAAGUCAACUUUGAUGAUGGCUCCUUCAGCGACAACCUUUAUCCUGAGGACAUAGUGAGCCAGGACUGUCUCCAGUUGGGUCCUCCUGCUGAGGGGGAAGUGGUCCAAGUGAGAUGGACAGAUGGCCAAGUCUAUGGAGCUAAGUUUGUGACCUCCCACCCCAUCCAGAUGUAUCAGGUGGAGUUUGAAGAUGGCUCCCAGCUUGUGGUCAAGAGAGAUGACGUGUACACGCUGGAUGAAGAGCUUCCCAAGAGAGUCAAGUCUAGACUGUCUGUGGCCUCCGAUAUGCGAUUCAACGAGAUUUUCACAGAGAAAGAGGUAAAGCAAGAGAAGAAGCGGCAACGGGUUAUCAACUCCAGGUACCGGGAAGAUUAUAUUGAGCCUGCGCUAUACCGAGCCAUCAUGGAGUAGAUGCUCCUAAGGGUCCAGAGAUUCCCAGCCGUGGAGGCAAGAGCACUCAGGGGCCAAUGCACAGCAGACACUUGGGACUCGGAAGGCUCUGCGAGUGAAGUUGUAAAAAGAAA